CUCCUCCCUGUUCCCUGUUUCUGCGCGCGCUUAGUUCCCAUGGCAGCUACGCCCUUCCUCUGCUCGGCUGCUUGCAGCGAGCUCUCCACCGCCCUGGAUUUCUCUAUCUCCCUCACGGCACCCUCCCUGGCGCUCGCCCUGGGUGCCGUCGUCUAGCUCGGACCCGCCCCCAGCCGCGCCUCUCUCGUCAAGCUUCAUGACGCACGAUUUUCUCUGCCCCAGCCCGACAUUUUUCUCCUGGUGGUCGAGCUCCCUCAAGCUUCUUAGUUCGUCCGCCCGCGAACGCCCAUGGCGCGGUCGCCUCUCUGUGCACGCGCCGUCGCCCUGAUUUCCUGCUCCCUGACUCCAACUCAAGUUCGCUUGACCGCGUGUGCCCCUACGCCGCACCCUGAAGCCCCCUGCUCGGCGCCCGAGACCCCUCCCAUGGAUGCUCCCAGCCGAGCGGCUCCCAUGGCGCCUGAUCCCAACGCCGCUCCUUUCCCCCAACGCAUCUUCUUCACUAGCGUGCCGUCCCUGCUUGCCCUCUGCUCCACCGAGCUUCUGCGUGUUCCAUCUCCAGCUUGCUCCCCUGCGCCCUCCUAAUACUCGCGUCCAGAUUUUUCCUCGCCUUUGGUGCUCGUCCAGCCCACCCGUCCCUCCUCUCUCCUCCCCAUCUUCUCCCAUGGGCGGUGCGAGCUUUGGCUCGAGCUCGCCUCUGCUCUUGUGCUUGGAUUUUGCUAGGCCCGAGCAGCUUCCUGGUGCGCGCCCGGAUCCUCUCCUCCCUCCGCUCGGUCUUGGUUCCAGUCGCCGCGCCCCUCUACUGCGCGCGCUGCUUGCUCCCCUGCUGGCAACCGAGUCCCUCGCGCUGGCCGUUCUCCAGCUCCAGCUCGCUGCGCGCCCUGCUCCCUGUUGCCACGUGCUCCAGCCCGGAUUUCGCCUUGUCGCCCAACUUGGCUCUGCCCUCUGCUCUAGCUCGCCGUCGCCUCUUUGUGCUGGCCGACUAGUCUGCCGUGAUCGCGAGCAGUUCCCUACUCGGCCAGGAUGGUCACGCCGUCGAUCCCGCUUGAGCCCCUUCGCGUUCGUCGAAGCUCCCUGGCUCGACUCUGCCCAGUUCGCGUCUUGCUCGCCUUUGCGUCGCGCGUAGCAUUCUGUUGUUCCUGCGUGUGCUGCCGCGAAGCUCCCUGUUCAGUUCUCCUCCGUCGCGUUGUUGUGCGCGCGAAGUUCUUUGCUCGCAACGGCGUGUCGAGUUUCCGCGUCGAGCUCUUCUCUUGCAUGCCGGUCGUCGUCUCCAAGCCGAUUCUUGGCUGUCGUGGUAUUUUUAGUUAUCCGGCUGCGUCGGUAGUUGUCAAGUGUGUCUGUUGCUGUGAACUCGCCCCUGGUGCCCAUUCUGUCCCCGGUCCACACUUCCUUCAGCUUGGCCAGGCGGGGCAUCGUUUCGUGUUGUGCUCGCGCAGUUUCCUGCUCGCCAGCGCGUCCCCUUGGCUUGUUUGGCCUU